AAUAUCGAUCUCACAACGUGUAGUUUUUAUGCAUCGCGCCGCCAUCGGUUGUCAAGCAACAAAGUAAACAAGUGAAGAGAGAAGUUGCGAAAAAUCAAGCCAAACAAUAAAUAUAUCUUUAUUUAUACAAUAAGAAAGAGACAUGGCUUGUCCUAAGCCCACCAGUAUGACAAGAGCAAAGGAAUGGAGCCCUGAGGCAGAGGAAGCCUGGAGAUUCCAGGUUGCAGGGUACCGAGAUGAAUUAGAUUACAAAAAUUUGAAAAAGCCUGAAGGGGCAGAGAGAUGGCCACACAAUGGAUAUGUGAAGAAGUUGCAAAGAAAAGAUGGCUGCUGGUACUACUAUAACAAAGGGAGAGAACUUAUGGACAAAGAUAUACCAAAAUGCAAACUUUAUGCCUACUGAAUCUCAUUAAAGACACUUUUUCAGUCAUGAUCAACAAUUGCCAUUUAGUUAAUGUGUGUCUUAAGUAUUAGAUAAAGGUAAUAGCUCGA